UCAAACUCCCCAUAUCUUCGUUCUCAUCACAUCCCAAAACAACAUAGGAUUCAACCACCAAGUUAUAUAAAAUCCUUCUGUCUAUUUUCAUCUGUUCCUAAGUUAAACUUUUUUGGUUCAAUUGAGGAUUCAUUCAUUAAUGGCUGGAAAAAACAACUACACAGUGUACAAUUCGAACGAGACAUCAUGGGCAGAUCAAUGGGAUCCAGAGCCAGCAAAAUAUGAGUACACAAGUUUUGACAAGAAAAGUACUGGAAAUAAUGGUUCUUCCAAGAUUUCCAGUAAAGUUGGAGACACUUUUGGGAAAACUAAAUCUGUAGCAUCAACAGGGGUUAAGAAAGUAAAAUCAGGUGCCACAGCUGGUUUUCAAUGGAUUAAAGACAAGUGUCAUAAGCCUAACCAAGAAAAGCUUGGCCAAGCAUCACGGUAACAGAGUCAUAGGGCGCUAAAGAGCCGAGAGCGAACGCGCACAGCUUACCUUGAAUUCUUCUUGUAUUAGGACUAUUACUUGUUAGAAAUAAAAUUGUUUCAUUGAUUGUUAUAUGAUACUAUAUCCAUUAGUUUUAUCAUACUUUUUUUUUUUUUUUUUUAUAAUUUUUUUUUUUUAUUGUUUUGUGUAUAUAAAGUUUUGAAGCAUUAACAAGCCUUGUUGUUUCAUUCCCUUGGUGUCUCUGAUGUUUUAAUAGUAAUACUUUUGUUUAUUCCUUC